AUGGUUGCUCAUCCAGAGCUUACCUCGCAAGCGCCAACCUCAAAGCGGAUGGGGAGACGCAGACGAGUCAGGGCUGCAGCCAAUCCGUGGGAUGCAGCCACGCUUGCGCUUCUGGUGAAGUGGCUGGAAGCUCCUUCCCUGGCUUCAUUGCCAAGGCGUGUGCCUGAAGAGGACACCGACUUGUUCUCGGCCGUUUCCCUCAUUGUUGCGCGUGAAGCCGCGAUGCUGGAGGAGUGCCGGAGGGAAACACGCCGGAGACUGCUGGCCGCCGAGCUGAUGUUGCAAGGUUACCAGCCACCCCUGCAGCAAUAA